UGUCGACACUGUCCGCAUCAGAAAAUGGAAAAGGAAAUAUGAUUGUGUGUGAUCGUGAAAUAUGUUUAACAUGCCAAUGAGGGUGAGAACCUUUCGUGCACAUGCACACCUUAGAGGGAACAUUGAUGCUGGCGCUGAUAUAAGGAUUCGUUUUCGAGCGGUGCAACAGAUACCUGUAUAUAUCAGUUGGGGUCAAGUCCAGAACACGCUGCCGCUCACUCUUCGUUUGGCUCUGCGCGAAGGGUCCCUUUAGACGAUAUGAUGCAGCUGCUAUCCCUGUUGUUGCUGUUUACUGCCCAAUUUUGUUCCAUUGCAACGGCAAAAUUUGGUCUUUGUAAAAAUCAUAAAGUUCAAGAAAAUUUCACCAUGUCUGAGUAUUUGGGAACCUGGUAUGAAAUUGAACGAUCUGGUUCUACUAACAGCAACACCAGGUGCAAUAAGGAAAGAUACUCAGUAGAUGACGAAAAUAAGAUUGAGCUCCUGACACAGUAUGUGCAGAAAGAUGAUACUCUAAGUAUUCAUAAAGGAGAUAUAUUUUACUCUCAGCAUGAGAAAAGUAAAGCCAAAUUUUUCUUCAGAAUUACAAAUGAAUUCGACCGGUGGGGCAGUUAUGCCUGGGGUUCACUUGACCACUUCGUUCUGCCAUACUGGGUAUUGGCCACCGACUAUACAUCUUACUCUCUGGUACUCUCAUGCAGCAGUGCUCUUAUAACACACCAUGAUUAUAUCUGGAUUUUGGGAAGGGAACGGCAGUUACCAAAGAAUGUCACUGAUUACCUGCAUGAAAUAUUGAUAGCAUCUGAUAUCGAUGUUAAGUUAGUUCCAACUGAUCAGCAUAAUUGCACUGUAGUGUACUGAUCAGAACCUGUUUGAAAAGAAAACUAACACAUCAAUCUAGAUCAAUAAUCAACUUGUCUUUCGUUUAUUCCAUUGUAAAUCAUACUACUUAUUCAGCCAGAAUUCUACCACAUUCAUUGAGUUAUGAGUUGAACGUAACUUUCCUAUCAGCAAACUUCACAAGUUUCUACUGAGCACCUCCAAAGCAUGAUCGUAAACUUCAAGGACACUUAAUUAAAAGCAAUUCUGACGUUCCCAAUAAGUCACCAUUCAAAAUUUGCCUGCAAUUCUAAAUUUAAAAAGUAGCACAAGAUAAGCAGAAUAACUAACUCAGUAUGCUGAUGAGCAUGAAGUUACCUCAUCAUGUAUGUUUGUGCACAAGAGUAAAGGUCUCCUACUGAGUCCCUCCGAUCAUUAUAUCCUAUUUACUUCACCACCUGCAAUUCAUAUUAAUGGACAGGAAAAUCAUGUUCUGGGAACAGCACUGAGCAAUAAUUGCUCUGUCUUGUUGAUUUUGCUGUCAUUCUGUUUUUUAGUCUCUUAACUAUCAGUUCUUUAAUUAUCUUAAACUUUGAAUUGAUACUUACUGAAUGUGUGGGACUUUCUGAAGUUUAAUAUGAAGUGAUAUUUUCAGCAAUAGAAAUGUAAAGUUAUUAUUGUGCCUUUUUCUAUCUUCCUCGUGUUUAUUGUUUUCAAUAUGAAUUAGAUGCCAUUUCAAACUUCAUGUUCUUGGUGUGGUAUUUAUGAUUUGGAACCAAUAGAAGGAGACAGAUUUGCUGUUGGUUCCGAUCAUAACUGAUGGUACUUCACUGUUGAAAGAUUUUCAGUGAAUUCCAGAUUUGGGGAGGUAAUUUCACUCCAUUUCUAUCUUCGCAGUGGGCUGAAACCAAAUUUCCUGGUUUGCUUGGUGCAGGGUUGGAGGACACAUUGAUUUCAGA